AUGGAUGAUAAGCAUUUAGAACCCGUUGACCUAAGUGUCAAUUUUAAAGGAUUUCCAGUAACUUCGUUUUGCAUUCCCGAGCGAUAUGCUCCCUACCUUGACAAGGUGCUUGUUUCAAAUGGAAUGAUCAAAGACCGGCUUCAAUGUCUUGCUGGCUAUAUUGUUGAGUCGUAUGAGCGUGAGAGAAUAAAGGAGGUUUCAAUCAUGUGUGUACUCAAGGGUGGUUUUAAGUUUUUCUCCGACUUAAUUGAAGAAAUGCAACGAACUAUUUGGUCACGAAAAACUGAACUCAGCAUUACUGUUGAAUUUAUUCGAGUCAAAAGUUAUACUGAUACUACUUCCGGUGAAAUUAACAUCCGAUCAAUUGACAAUGCUAUGCCGGUCAAUAAUAAGCAUAUCCUCGUUGUUGAUGAUAUUUGUGAUACGGGAAAAACCUUGAAUAGGCUCUGUGAUUACCUCUACGAGAAUGGUGCCAAAACUGUUAAAACAUGCUGCCUCCUCUUUAAACAAACUUGCCUCAACGUCGGUUACCGACCUCACUUUAUUGGCUUUCUAAUUCCUGACGAGUUCAUUGUUGGAUAUGCAAUUGAUUACAAUGAGUGCUUCCGUGAUUUGCUGCACAUCUGUUCAAUCAACGAGAAGGCAAAGAAAUCGUUUGCAGUCCAUAGCAAUGGAGAGCUGGGUACUUUACCGGCAGCUUCCCUUUAA